GGUUCACGCAGGGUCAUGAGCCCCCAGGAUUCCGAAGGACCUCGGAAUUCCACGAUCGAUCUCAUGAGGACCUGGGAGCCUGAAAGUUUUUUGAAAGCCCUUUUGAUGCAAACUCCUUGGCUCAAGGUCUUAGCUAGCUAGGUCGUAUGGAGGACCUGAGCAGGUCGUCCCGGUAGCUCGACUCUCGGGCGACUUCACCUCUCGUGCUCCCAUGGACUUUAUGGAGGAGGAGCACCUCUUAGAAGAGGGCCACGAAGAGCGAGCGACCUCCAGUUCGAGGAGCUGGCGAGUUCGCCUCGCAGGAGUGGCCGUGAGCGCGUUGCUGGUGGCCGCGGUGUUCUGGUCUGCUCGGAGGAGCCCGGAACCAACGGCGGCGAAGGUGCCAUCCUUCGCCCAUGAAGCGGCCAUCGUCUCCCUCACGGAGCUCAUUCCAGAAGGCUACGAGAGCUGCUUCAAGAACCUGACAUACUUUGUGGAAGUGGAUGGCAUGUUCUCCCUUCCCCACGCGCGAGAAGCCAGAUACAGUAGUGCCUUAGAAUGUCAGCAAGCCUGUGCCCAGACCUAUCGCUGCGAGCAUUUCUCCUUUUGGUCGUCCGGCGGCUGCUUGCUCACCAGCUAUUCUUCCUAUUCCAGGAAGUAUGACGGACCUGCAAGCGGUUCCUGUGUCUCUGGGCCGCGGAUGUGCAAGGCGCCAGGCGCUGGCUUUACCAAGAAGCUUCCGCCGGGCGCCAACGUGCCACCCUUCGUGGCCAAAGAGGCACCGGGUUGUGGAAGCCUUCACGACGAAUACGAAAUGGUGUGGAAAGCUGAGGCUGAGACCUUCUUCGAUGAUUGGCAGUUCAUCGAGAAGAGCAUGACUCGAGGUGCUGAAUGGUACCUGAACCGAUCGGAAGCCUUCUACCAGUCGGUGGCCCAUGCCUCCGCCGCGGGCGCCAUCAUCCGUGUCGGGGAGCAAGUGCACCCCUUUAAGCGCCGCUCGCUCAUGCUGCACUCCCCACGUGCUUGGCGACCGGAUGUGGGUUUCGUGGUGGCGAUGAAAUACAAACACGUGCCCUACGGCCCUGGGGUUUGGCCGGCCUUUUGGUUCCUGAAUAGCGACCGUCCUUGGCCAAGUGGCGGCGAGCUCGAUGUCUUAGAGUUUGCCAACGAUGAGACGGCAAAGGUGACCUUUCACACCGACCAGAACUGCAGUCUCAACGUGCCGAAAAUGAUGUCCUGCGCCUCCCAGUUGGUGGGCGCCAGCAUGGACACGGAUGUCAGUUGUUUGACGAACUACAGUGGCAACGCCUUGGGCUGCAUGCCACCGCAGUUGCGAAGAACGGGUGAAUGGUACAGCAAGAACCCCGGUGUCCUGGUGACGGUCUGGGACGCCAGUGGCAUCACCACCUUCCACAUCCCUGAGGGGCAGAUCCCCGCGGACUUGAAGGCGGAGAAGCCGCAACCGAACACGUGGCCUUCUGCCUGGAGGAUGGCCUUCAUGCCCUUUGACCCGGAGACCUGCGUGAACAUUGCGCAUCCCCAAGAGAUCGUCAUCAACAUCGCGCUCUGCGGUGAUUGGGCUGGCAACUCGUGGUGGACCUGCAAGGAGUGCCGCAAUACAGGCUUCAUUCCCAACUACUGCAUACCGGGACACGUCACCGAGCCGGCCACGGACUGCUGUACCAUCUACAUGUCCAACCCAUCGGCAGAGGAGCCUCUCAAGACGCAGGCCUACUUCGACAUUGACUACGUGAAGGUCUUCGAGCCUGUCGGUGCCAAAAUGCCGACCUAUGCGGCCGGCACCUACAGGCUGGGUGGCGUUGGUGUCGGUGACCGCUGAUGGCGUCGCCGCCGGCGUCCCGCGGUGUCCCGCGGCCUCGCGCGCGCCGCUCUCCAAAGUGAGAGCAGCGUGGCUCGGCUGAAAUCGGCCAGCGGAGGUGCCACAAGUCAUGAAUUGAUUGGGUG